AAUACCAGAAACAAGAAUUCCAAGGCGCCGUUGGAUAGUUUCUGGUUUUGCAUAAACCCCACAAUUAUAUGAACAAUAAUCUUCAUAUAAAUACCACAACAUUAUAGCAUCUUCAUUUCCACCAUAACAAAACAAGUCAGAAACACAGAACAAAUCAAGAUCAACUAGAAAUUUCAAAACAAAUGGCAAACACAACUGGUCAGGUCAUCAAAUGCAAAGCUGCUGUUGCAUGGGAAGCAGGGAAACCACUAGUAAUUGAAGAAGUUGAAGUUGCACCACCACAAGAUAUGGAAGUUCGUAUCAAGAUUCUUUUCACUUCUCUCUGCCACACCGAUGUUUACUUCUGGGAAGCCAAGGGACAGACACCCGUAUUUCCUCGAAUUUUUGGUCAUGAAGCAGGAGGGAUUGUUGAAAGUGUUGGUAAGGGUGUGACAGAUAUGCAACCAGGAGAUCAAGUACUUCCGGUAUUCACGGGAGAAUGUAAGGAAUGUCGGCACUGUAAAUCCGAAGAGAGCAAUAUGUGUGAUCUGCUUAGAAUCAACACUGACAGAGGUGUAAUGUUGAAUGAUGGACAAUCAAGGUUUUCAAUCAAUGGCAAACCGAUAUACAAUUUCGUCGGUUGCUCUACGUUUAGUGAGUACACAGUUGUUCAUGUUGGUUGUCUUGCUAAGAUCAAUCCUGAAGCUCCCCUGGACAAAGUCUGUAUUCUUAGCUGUGGGAUCUCUACAGGUCUUGGUGCUGCUCUGAAUGUAGCGAAACCAAAAAAAGGUUCAACUGUUGCUGUUUUCGGAUUGGGAGCUGUUGGCCUUGCUGCUUGUGAAGGGGCUCGACUAUCUGGUGCUUCGAGGAUUAUUGGGGUUGAUCUGAACGCUAACAGAUUCGAUGAAGCAAAGAAAUUUGGGUGUACAGAGUUCGUGAAUCCAAAGGACCACACAAAACCAGUUCAAGAGGUGAUUGCUGAGAUGACUGAUGGAGGGGUAGACCGCAGUAUUGAGUGUACAGGGAGUAUCCAAGCCAUGAUCUCUGCGUUUGAAUGCGUUCAUGAUGGAUGGGGUGUUGCAGUUCUCGUUGGUGUGCCAAACAAGGACGACGCAUUCAAAACUCACCCAAUGAAUCUAUUGAAUGAGAGAACUCUCAAAGGUACCUUCUUUGGAAACUACAAGCCACGGUCAGACCUUCCUUCAGUUGUGGAAAUGUACAUGAACAAGGAACUUGAACUGGAGAAAUUUAUUACCCAUGAAGUUCCCUUUGCUGACAUUAACAAAGCUUUCGAUAUCAUGCUUAAAGGAGAAGGUCUCAGGUGCAUUAUCCGCAUGGAAUGAUCCAAGCAAGGUCAUCUAUCUUAUGGCCUGGCAUUUAUGGUUCUGUGUUUCAAAAUUAGUAUUGUGAUUCUGUGAGAUGCUACAUUUGUGCCUGGCUUGAGAAUUGAGAGUAGAUUCUGCAAUAAUAUAGUUCGUCUAGUAAUUUGUUGCUGGAACUUGUAGUGAUGGUUUCUAUUCGAUGUAGUUUCUCUAUUGCAUUUAUUAAUAAAGAGAAUUGAUACUUGUUUUGUUUCAA